AUGAAAAUCACCAACGCCACAUUGCUGUCUCGGUCAUAUUCUGCCGCUAUUGCCCGUGACCUGCCGUCUUCAUUUGCUGACGCUUUGACAAAGUAUUCUACUGAUGAUAGCCCAAUCAAUGUCGCUGUUGCUCAAGAACAACAUGCGCAGUAUUUGGAAAAGCUACGCGACAUGGUUCCUACCUAUUGUUUACCCGCGAUUGAUGAGUAUCCUGAUUCAGUUUUUGUGGAAGAUACUGUCGUAGCAGUUGGCAAGACAGCCGUCAUUACCAAUCCAGGGCAUCCGUCCCGCAGGGGCGAAGUUGACACAAUCAAAGAAGCUCUUCAACGAUAUGGAAUGGAGGUGUUGGACAUGAGAGACAAAGAUUUGACCGAGGACUAUAUGGGUGUUCCGAUGUGCGAUGGAGGAGAUAUAUUGCACACCUCUCGACAUCUGUUUGUCGGUAUGUCUGAACGCACAAAUAUAGAAGCAUACCAGUUCUUGAAACAAGUGUUCAAGAUGGUGGAAACGAUCCCAGUUCCAUUGGACAAAAUCCCAGACUUCCCCGCGUUGCAUCUAAAAUCUAUGAUAUCACACAUGGAUUUCUUCACCCUUGUUGCUCCAGAAGGUCCAGAGGCAGACCAAUUGCUAGAACUCAUGAAUCUUAACGUUUUGGGAUAUGACGUUGUUCGAGUGCCGAAUCCAUUGGCUUGUAACUUAGUUAGUGCAAAUGGUCGCAUCUUGGCCCAAGAUGGAGGGUGUUCCCGAUCGAGGGACAUACUAACACACACGGCGGAAUUACGUGGGCACAAGAUUGAGUUUGUCGACUGUUCAGAAAUAGCAAAAGUGGACGGAGCGUUGACUUGUUGCAGUGUUCUCUUGAUGGGAAACCUGCUAGCUCUACAAACGACUUCCAAGAAAGUGCGACGUCGACCAAGGGCAAGGGUGCAAAAGGGUUCCGUCAAUAACAAAGAUAUAUUUCAGAUUUCACCUCUCCCAUUUCCCAAUGAUGCGUUGGAACCAUACAUCUCACAGCAGACUGUUGAAAUCAUUCACGGAAAAGUUCAGGCAGAGUGCAUACGAAAUAUAAAUUUCUUGACCAAGGAAAAUCCAGAUUUUGAUGGCAACGUUCAAUUGGUUGAUAUAAUGGUUGAGACUUCACGUGAUUCCUACCCGUACAUCCACCAAAAUGCUGCUCAAUGUUGGAACCUUGCAUUUUUCUGGGAAUGCAUGACAGAAGACUUCGAAAAUCCACCUGGUGCACUGGAAGAAGCGCUAGAGAAAGAUUUUGGAAGCUUUGAGAAUUUCAAAAUUCAGUUUGCUCACUCAGGGAGUGCAGUUUUUGGAUCAGGCUGGACCUGGUUGGUUUAUGACACAGCUGGACGAAAGCUGUUUAUCAUGAAUACGCUCGGCUCUGAUAACCCAUUUGCCAUGAGUCAGACAUGGCUUCCUAUCUUGGGUAUGGAUGUCUGGGAGCACGCAUAUUAUCUGGAUUAUCAGAAUCGUCGGGAUCUCUACAUCAGGGGUUUUCUGAAUAGAUUAGUGGAUUGGGAUCAAGUGGCUGACAAUCUGGCCAACGCUAAAGUGGGGAAACUAAGCGCUAUAGACGAUGACGGUGAUGAUUCUGAAGACGAUCUAGAGGCCACAGGGCAGGAAGAAGAGAGUGAUGAUGAAAAUGGUUCCGACGAUGAUAUGGGAGACGAAGCAGCAUCUGAGCUGUAA